UAGCUAGCUACUUUGUUAUUGUUACCAACCCCGGAACUGAGUUAGUUUGAUUCUGUAGUCAUCGUGUAGAGUACUCCCAAUCAGAGCAAUAAUACACAGACAAACACAAGAAAAGUGGAAGAGCUGUCCUUUCAAACGGAAAUAACACAACUGCAGUCCAAACUAUGGCCGCAGAGCGUGCAAGUUUGCCCUGCGGGUCAGAUGAGGACCUCAGAACGAGACCACUGGAUGAGCACAUGUCCUCCAACGUGGGAGAAAGCCUGAAUCCUGGAGAAACUGUGGUGGGGCGUGACAACAAGGAAAAGCCACAGGAUGACCUUUCAGGGAACAAUGUUUGUGGACAAGAGGUUGAUGGAGUGGCCAUUUGCCAGUUCUUUUUGCUGGGCAGGUGUCAUUUUGGAAACAAAUGUCGUUUGUCACACAGCCUGCCCCAGUCUGCCUCAAAUGUCCCAGAGAGCAGACAUGACACAGAACAGGAUGCAGGAAACAGAAAGAAGGUUGGAAAGAUGAAGAAAAUGCAGAAGAGAGGGAAAAAUGUGAAGGAAGUGGAGGGAAAAGAAUAUACCAAGAAGCCUCGUAUGCGUACAGCCGAUGAUGUAAUUUCCAGGAUUUUGUGGGAUCCCUCCCUGGAUCCGACCGAUUUCAGUGUGGGGUACCUGGAUCGCUUUCUGGGGGUGUUAGAACGUCCCUUUUCGGAAUUCUCAUGGGACACUGAUAUCUGCAGCUGUGACUACUCAGAGGAGCUGGCUCUUCCCAGACACAGGUUUCAGUAUUUUACCUACAGGGGCCGACGUGUCUGGGACAGGGAGAGCAGGAUGGAUGGGGUUUUUGGCUCUACUGGGGGGCCACUUGAGCCUCCCUUUGCUGCAGGGGGUGAGAAGGAGGAAGGAAAUGUAUCGCAAGAAGCUAGACCACAGGAAUCAGGAGGAGAACUACACGAAACGUGCAACGAACUCCGAGAAGAAAGCACCAGUGGCCAUGCAGGAGAAGCCCAUGAUCAGGACAGCUUUCACAUGCAUCCUGGGGUCGACGAGGAGAAAGAGACAGGAGACCUCUCUCACACAUUGGCUGAGGUAGCAGGAGACCCUCAGAGCAGCCAAAAGUGCUUUCUCAAUGACACCCCGCAGGGCACUCAGACUGCAGGAGUCGAAUCAGAAACGUGUGAAAAGGAAGCAGUUGAUGUCUCUGAGUUGUCUAUGUCGACAGCCCAAAUGUCUGUCUCUGAGAGAGGUAAUGCCAACAGAGAAGGAAGUGAUGGAGAACAGGAGGAGUGGAAAGAGGAAUGGGAAGAGGAAGAAAAAGAACAGUUGUCAUGGCAGCUUUGGUCUUCAUCCAAACAGGGCUCCCGCUCGCCAGUUGAAACCGAGAAACAGAGUCCGGUCUUCAGGGGCGGAGCCAGGUCAGAGCCUCUGGGGCAGCGGCAGAGGCCUAGCAGGGGGAGGCCCACUCACUUCAUCACUUUUCGCGCAGACACGCCCACGUUACUCUCGGGGUUACAAGGCCUCCGGGAGGAGAUCACCUCCCUCUUCCCCUGCUCCGCCCCUCACUGGGUCUCCCCCGAAUCCCUCCACAUCACGCUCAGCCUCCUGGUCCUCUCAGGGCCCGAGGAGGUCAGUACGGCCUGCAAGAUCCUGAGGGAGUUCGCCCAGAAACGCAGCCAGCCGCCGCUCUCCCUCUCCUUCCCGCCAAAGCUGGACCAUUUUGGAGGAAGGGUCCUUUUCCUCACACCACAACCCCUGUCUGGACUUCAGUCUCUAAACAGACCCCUGCAGGAGGUGUACGGCGAGCAGGGCUGGCUUCACAGGGACUCCGUGUCCCCCAAUUACCACCUGACGCUAGCAAAGAUGAAGGGAAAUGAGGGUGAGAGAGUGUUCAAGAGAGUGGUGGACAUGUACAGCGUGGCUCGAUUGAGGGCCAUAGAUUUCGGGAAACUGGUUGUGAAUCAGCUGUGUCUGUGUGUGAACAGCAAAUCCAAGAUGGAGGAUGGUUUUUACGAGACUCUCUGUGUAGUGAACCUCCAGUGAGGAAAUGUGAGAGUGAAAAUGAAUGAACGUGUGGUUGUGUCAGUGAAGGAGCAUGCCAGAAGGGACAGGAGGUUGAGAGGUUGAGGCUGAGGAGUGAUGAGAUUAGUUUACCAAGGUGGAGAAUAGGACCAAAGCACUGGCAUAGCCCAUUUAGUUUGCAUUUUAUUUAGCAUGGCACCUUUUGCAUUGAUGUUUUCAUAGUAGUAUGCCACAUAAAACGUUCCCAAAGCAGGGUGGCUAUGUGGAUUUCAGUGGUGUCUUGAGAUGGAGUCACAGAAUGGUUUGUGAGUCACUGACUGCAAACAAAACUGCGUACCACACAAAAGCUCGUCCAGAUUGGGGGGGGGAGAGCGUUGUCUUUCACUGUGGACAACAGCUUACCUGCAAGUGCCUGGUGAAACGCUGAGGGCCAUUCGAGCAGGAGGAACCCUGAUUAACUUAAACCCACAGUACAGGUAGGAGGGAGUUCCUUUGUCUUCCUGCGUAGUCCUGGUCCCUAAUGAAGGACCUGGAUGAGAAGUUGCAGUUUUGAAGCUGUUGGGCUCAGCCAUGGGGAAGGCUGUUUGCUUGUUUAAAAAAUGAAAUUCACAUCGAUCUACUCUGACACUGAUCUACAAAGUGGCUAUAUUGUGCCACACAAGUCUUUUUGUUAUGCCCUGAAGGUUUGAUUUCCCUUUGUAUGGUGUCAGAUCUGACUCCACAGCUGGGCUGGUUUGGCAGAUCGCGUAGCUUCUCUUUAACGUUCCGCUGCUCUAUCGUUAGCGCUCCCCUAUAGCCUGUUCAGUUUGCGGUUUUGUUGCCGGUAGGAUUAGCUUUCGCAAACACCUCAGCUCUGCCAUGAUAUCACCGCUCCGCACGGUAACACUGCCCAAGGCUGUCUGUGAGGUCAGCGCAGGAGUACUGCUCAGGCUGAUCUUGCGUGCCCUGGGAAAAAAUAACCAUGGAAACGCAAGCUGGCUGGGGGCGUGGUGGUGGGAAGGCAGAAAAAGAUAACAAGUGACUUGGUAAUACAUGGGUUAAGAUAAAUAAUGGAUGGAGCUGCUAAGAGAAUGUGCCUGAAUGUACUAAUUGUGAAGGAAGCAAGGAAGCACUUUUUUCCACUAAUAGCUGCAUACCUCCUUUUCCAUGGGAACCCAUGGGAAUGGCAGCACAGCAUGGAGGGUGGGGAGUGCUGGGUGUCUAAACCAAAGCUUACAGACUCACUUCCCCGCUUAGAUGCUGUUCAUAUCUAUAUGUAUGAACAACUCUCAUGGAAAUUGAAGGAGAAUGAAUCACUAACCAAAUCAAGUCAACUAUCAAAUUUAUUCUUUGAUCUGCCAUAAGAAACAUGCACAUGCACUUUAAUGCACAUGCAUUUUGUUUUAAUUUUGCAAUGAUGUUUCUGAGGUGUUUCUUUGUGGCAGUGUCAUGAAAAGACGCUGAAAAAUGAAUCAUCGAUACCUUAAUAUCCUAAAUGUGCAAUAGCACGUGCUGCACAUUUGAAAACACAACUUGGGACCAACAUCAGUGCGCACAAAAUCUUGGUUUCUGUUUGCUUUAAAUGUUAAUUGACAAAUAUUUAAUAACUCUUUAAGGUGAAUCAAUCUUAGUAAAUCAUUUUUUUAAAAGUAAUUUUUACUGCAGUGGGCGUUAAAUAUGACACUGGUGUCUAAUUAUAAUCAUUUCAUGCAGUCUGAGGGGUAUAGGGGGUUAAAUGAAAUGAUAAAAAUGAUUUGUGAUGUAUCCUGCUUUUAUGUGCUGUAUUAUGUAACUUAAAUGUCCCCUGGUGAAUCAGCCUUGGACAUUAUUGUGUACUGUUAUGUUUGACUUUUAAAAUGGCUAUUUGUAUCAAAUGUUUAAUUAUAUUUUGGAUAUAAAUACAUUUGCACUACUAUCAAA